UGAACACAAUAGAUUAAGGAGCACACAGUAGCAUCAGAAUCUGACAAUACAAAGUAGAAUCGGAACUUUUUUCUAUAGAGAAAAGGAGCACGCUCCUGAUUCCAUUAAGGGUGUGUUUAGUUGGCGAGUGACGUGGGUGGGUUGGCUCCAACCAGAUUUUAGAGGUGGAACCACUCAGCUUUCAUGUUUGGUUGAAAAGGGCGGGACCAACCAGUUUCAUGUUUGGUUAGGAGGUCAAACUUCAGUUAGAAAAAAAAGAAAGAGAAAAAUCGUCUUCUCCAUCUUCCCCUUCCGCCACCAUGGACUGGUUGGGCUGGUCCUCGGCGAGCCGUCCAGCGCACGGCGCGGCGUCUCCCCAUGCGGCCCAUCCACCUCCAGCUCCCGCGCCGAUCUCCUGCUCCCACUCCCCGCCUCACGCUAUCGCUCCCACUCCAGGCCCGCUGCGCCGUCGACGGCCACGAUCGAGGAGAUGAGAGAGAUGGCGGCCAGGGCAUGGAGGUGGGCAAGCGGCGGUGGCGAGCUCCGGCGGAGGACGUGUCUUCUGCGGCGAGCGCAGGCGCAGCCAACGGCGGCGAUGGGGACGAGCUCGGGCGGAGGACGGGUCCUCGGCGGCGAGCGCAGGCGCAGCUAGCGGCGGCGAUGGGGACGAACUCCGGCGGAGGACGGGUCCUCGGCGGCGAGCGCAGGCGCAGCUAGCGGCGGCGAUGGGGACGAGCUCCGGCGGAGGACGGGUCCUCGGCGGCGAGCACAGGCGCAGCUAGCAGCGGCGAUGGGGACAAGCGAGGCGGCGGCUAGCUCCGGCGAUGAGGUGGACGACCAGGUGGCAGAGAUCUCCGGUGUCGAGGGGACGAGCACGCCGGCGAAAAGCUCCAGGGACGAGCGCGGCGGCAAGGGGGACGAACUCCGAGGACGAGCGCAGCGGCGAUGGGGACAAGCUCCGUACAUGACCAAACAAACCUUUUUUUUUUAGGUAAAUGACCAAACAAGGUUUUAGGGCUAUCCGUCAGGCCAAAAUAUUAGAUCUGGAGAGUUCCCUGAUAUGUAAGCCCCGCCUUCCGGCGCCGACGCGAAUUCAUCCCUCGUGUCUUGUUGGUUUCAAAUCGAGGUCCAGAUUUGUUAGAAGGCCGGACUCCGUAGAUUGAAAUAAAUAGAGCAACGAAAGAGAGGCAGAGGUUAGAGAGGAAAACAGAUUUCGUGUCUCGACCCAAGGCAUCGUCGUCGUAUCAUGGGGCUUCUGGCGCUCAAGCGGUUCAUGUCCGCGCAGCGGGAUCGGCGUCGCCAGCGAAUCCAAGCCCACGACGGUUCUCCCGCUUCUGUGAGUAAAAGAAAGUCAUCGCCCUUCCAAGAAGAUCGCGAUUAUGAAGGUGGCAAAAGAAUGAAAUAUCUGGGGCCAAUCCUUCCAGAGGAAAUCUGGUGUCAUAUACAUUCUCUAAUGUCAAUGAGAGAUGCCGCCCGAGCUGCCUGCAUUUCGCAUGCCUUUUUACGUUCCUGGAGAUGCCAUCCCAACCUCACAUUCAGUAGGAAGAUAUUGUGCAUGAAUGAAAAUGUGCGUGGAUGGGAAGAAACAGCAAAAGAUCUCAGCAGCCAAGUUGACCAAAUUUUAAUGAAACACUCAGGCACUGGCAUGAAGAAAUUCAAGCUUGAGUUCUAUAAUUACAAUGUUAAUGCAUCUUAUCUUGAUCGCUGGCUUCAGCUCAGUCCAGCUGCCGUGGAAUAAAAAAACAUACAAUUUCCCAUGGUCACUUUUAUCGAAUGGGAGUUGAAACUUGAUUCGGUAUCUAAACCUUUCUGACUGUGCCUUGCGUCCCACUGUCAGGCUUAGCUUAAGAAGUUUGACUGGACUCCAUCUUUGUGAUGUCCGUAUCACAAAGGAUGAGUUAGCCUGUCUUCUUCACAACUCUUUUGCUUUGGAGCAGUUGAAACUCAAGCGUUGCCUUAAGAUAAUUAGCCUGAAGAUAUCUCGUAUGAUGCAGCGGCUUAGCUACCUUGAGGUGUUUGAAUGUAAUAGACUGCAGGCAAUAGAAAGCGACGCUCAACAUCUCUCCAGUUUUACUUUUGUUGGUCACCACCAUGUACGAAUCUCACUUGGACAAGCAUUACAAUUGAAAAGGCUAGACAUAGAAUGCCGUGCUGCAUUCUGUUAUGCUCGUGCCGAGCUUCCGUCCAGUGCGCCAAAUCUUGAGACUCUUUUCGUACAUUCACGUCGAGAGAUGGUCAGUAUACCGAUGAUGCCUAGCAAAUUUUCACUCCUCAAGCACUUGAGUGUUGAUCUUGUCGCAGGGAAAUUCCCCCGGACCUAUGAUUAUUGUUCUGUGAUAUCCUUUUUUGAUGCUUCUCCUUCCUUGGAGACUUUCUAUUUGAAUGUGUCGUGGACAAGCUUGCAGCAGCCAUCGAUCUUUGCUGAUGAUCCUUCAGAUCUGAGGCAGAUGCCAGAGCACCGCCAUAACAAGCUCAAGAGGGUGACGAUCGUUGGUUUCUCCUCUGCAAAGAGCUUGGUUGAGCUAGCAUGCCAUAUUCUUGUGAAUACAACAUCACUUGAGUAUAUUACAUUGGACACUACAGAGGGACAUUGUUUAUCCAGGUGUUCUGUCAACAAGUUUGGUGAAUGCUUCCCAAUUGGGAGGGAUAUUAUCCUGGAAUCUCGUAAGGCGCUCUUGGCCAUCAGGACAUACAUUGAGGGAGCUGUUCCUUCUAAAGUGAAGUUAACUGUUGUGGAGCCUUGCAGCCGGUGCCACGUUGUUUGAACUUAUGCCAAGUUAUCAUAACCACUGAAGCCAAGGUCCUUGAAUUUAGUAGUGGUCGAAGUCAUCUUGCUUCGUUCCCAGAAGUACUAGUAUGAAGUACUAAUCGAAGUCAUCUUUUCACAGGUUUGAGGGUUUUGUCAAUCAUCAAACACCCCCCCCCCCCUUUUUUUUUUUUUUGCGGGAAUCAUCAAACCCCUGUUGACAGACCUCCAGCUUGAAUAUUUACUAUACUUCAAAUGGGAUUUCUGAAACCCUAGCACCAACUAUUGUGUUCCCUUCAUUAUUAUCUAAAAAAGAACACUGUAUUACCUUGAUAUUUAUGAAAAAGAUGUGCGAGUAUAUAAAACUCUGGCCUGCAACAUGCAACAUUUAUCUACUUAAACAGCCUGAUCUUGACCAUUCUCAUCAAAACAUCAAACUCUGGGUUGCAACAUAUUUUGUGUGUAUACAACAUUUUCUUCAUGACUAUAAAAAUUAUUAAAAAAAUGUUAAAACAUUUUAAACACAUUCACAACAAUUUUCUUUGGGCAUGCAACAAAUCCAAUUUUUUUUUUGCAACAGAAUCAUCAAAAACAUUGCUCAUAACAUAUGCAACAUAAAAGUGUAAGCGGCAGAAAUAAUAUACACAGUAACCAAAAACAUACUUGAGCACAUUUAGAAAUAACAUAAACAAAACACAUUUGAGCUUGAAAGUAACACCGUGCAACACACUCAGGAACAAUUGCAACAUAACACCAUAGUGUACGCAAUAGACGCAAUACACAUCUGAAAUACA